CUCCCUGACUCACUGCGUCAAGAACCUUCGCCUCUUCUCUGAAGUCUUCUCUCAAAUUACUUUAGAAAAAAAAAAAAAAAUUGUAAGUAACACAUUUGAGGAAGAAUAUGCUAUUCCGAUUAGGGAUAUUCUUAUCCCUGCUAUCGUUAUUCCUAAUUAGGUCGGAAUCGGCUGUUUCAAGCAUAGAUCUAGGUUCAGAAUGGCUAAAAGUGGCCGUCGUGAAUCUGAAACCUGGCCAAAGUCCGAUCACCAUAGCCAUCAACGAGAUGUCCAAGCGGAAAUCCCCAGCCUUGGUCGCAUUCCAAUCGGAGACUCGCUUGCUCGGUGAAGAAGCCGCCGGGAUCGUUGCUCGUUAUCCCGACAAAGUGUUCUCCAAUCUUCGAGACAUGAUUGGGAAGCCCUAUCAAGACGUCAAGCGCUCCGCCGAUUCAAUGUACCUUCCGUUUGAUGUAGUUGAAGAUUCUAGAGGCGCUGCCAAGAUUCGAGUUUCGAGCGAUGUUAGUUACUCCGUUGAGGAGUUGUUAGGGAUGAUUUUGAAGUACGCGUCGAAUUUGGCGGAGUUUCAUUCUAAAGUGACGGUUAAAGAUGCGGUGAUUUCGGUGCCGCCGUAUUUCGGACAGGCGGAGAGGAAAGGGUUGUUGAAGGCGGCGGAAAUGGCCGGAAUAAACGUCAUUUCGCUGAUAAACGAGCAUUCGGGGGCGGCAUUACAGUAUGGGAUCGAUAAAGAUUUCUCGAAUGAGUCGAGGCAUGUGAUUUUGUAUGAUAUGGGUUCGAGUAGUACUUAUGCAGCUCUUGUUUUUUAUUCUGCUUAUAAUUCUAAGGAGUUCGGGAAAACUGUUUCUGUCAACCAAUUUCAGGUGAAGGAUGUUAGAUGGGACUCAGAACUAGGAGGACAGAACAUGGAAUUACGGCUGGUGGAGUAUUUUGCAGAUGAGUUCAAUAAACAAGUUGGAAAUGGGGUCGAUGUGAGGAAGCAUCCCAAGGCAAUGGCUAAGUUGAAGAAACAGGUUAAGCGUACAAAAGAAAUUUUAAGUGCAAAUACAGCAGCUCCAAUAUCUGUUGAAUCCCUCUAUGAUGAUCGGGAUUUCAGGAGCACCAUAACUCGUGAGAAGUUUGAAGAGCUCUGUGCAGAUCUUUGGGAUAAAUCUCUUGUACCUGUAAAAGAAGUGCUUAAGCAUUCAGGUCUUAAAGCUGAUGACAUAUAUGCUGUUGAGCUGAUUGGAGGUGCUACUAGAGUUCCAAAGUUGCAGGCUACGCUUCAGGAAUAUUUUGGAAGGAAAGAUCUAGACAAACAUCUCGAUGCUGAUGAAGCUAUCGUUCUUGGUUCUGCACUACAUGCUGCAAAUUUAAGUGAUGGAAUUAAGUUGAAUCGUAAGCUGGGGAUGGUUGAUGGUUCCUCCUAUGGUUUUGUUGUUGAAUUAGAUGGGGCUGAUCUCUCAAAAGAUGAGGCGACCAGGCUUUUACUUGUUCCAAGGAUGAAAAAACUUCCCAGCAAGAUUUUCAAGUCCAUUAAUCACGGUAAAGAUUUUGAAGUAUCACUUGCCUAUGAUCGUGAAGAUCUUUUACCUCCAAGGAUUACCUCUCCUGUAUUUGCUCACUAUGCGGUGUCUGGUUUAACAGAUACAGCUGAGAAGUACUCAUCAAGGAAUUUGUCUGCUCCCAUCAAAACAAACUUGCAUUUCUCUCUUAGUAGAAGUGGAAUUCUUUCUUUGGAUCAAGCAGAUGCUGUUAUCCAAAUAACAGAAUGGAUAGAAGUUCCUAAAAAGAAUUUGACUGUAGAGAACACAACCAGUGCUUCCCCCAAUGCUUCUGUUGACAAUGGUGCUAACAGCACUUCUGAAGAAAGUAACAGUAACUCGGAGUCAGAUGGCGGAGUUAGUAAUGGGUCUAACAGUACUGUUGAAGAACCAAGCACAACGGAUCUUGGUACAGAAAGAAAACUAAAGAAGCGGACCUUCAAAAUUCCACUGAAGAUAGUGGAGAAAACAACAGGACCUGGAAUGCCUCUUUCAAAAGAAUCUUUGGCUGAAGCUAAACGUAGAUUGGAAGCAUUGGACAAGAAGGAUGCAGAGCGAAGAAGAACUGCAGAGUUAAAAAAUAACCUUGAAGAAUAUAUAUAUGCUACGAAAGAGAAGCUUGAAACAUCUGAAGACUUUGAAAAAGUAUCUUCAAAUGAUGAACGCCAAUCUGUUAUCAAAAAGCUUGAUGAGGUUCAAGAAUGGUUGUAUACUGAUGGUGAAGAUGCGAGUGCCUCGGAGUUUCAAGAUCGUCUAAAUUCAUUAAAAGCAACAGCUGAUCCAAUAUUUUUCCGAUUUAAGGAGUUGACUGCACGGCCAGAAGCGGUAGAAGUUGCUCGACAAUAUCUCUCUGACUUGAAACAGACUAUUCGUGGGUGGGAGACAGAAAAACCCUGGCUGCCAAAAGACAGAAUAGACGAGUUGUCAACCAGUAUGGACAAGUUGAAGACUUGGUUGGAUGAGAAGGAGGCAGAGCAAAAGAAGACGUCUGGAUACAGCACACCUGUUUUCACAUCUGAAGAAGUAUACGAGAAGGUGUUCAAUUUGCAAGACAAGGCUGCAAGUAUCAAGAGAAUUCCCAAGCCAAAACCUAAAGUCGAGAAGCCCGUAAAGAAUGAAACUGAGACCAAAUCAGAGAACACAACCAGUUCUGAGAAGGAUACCUCUGAAAAUGACAAACCCGCGGGGGACUCAGAUAGCUCGACCAACGAAAAAGUAAAAGGAGGAUCCGAGCCCCACGACGAGUUAUAAUCUGUUUUUAACACAACAAGCAAAGACUCUUUUGAACUAAAUUAUCAGCCUUUCAGUAACUAGAGAUUGAGGGUAGCAUCCAAGUGGUUGAAAGGCAGUUUUGCUGAUGGGUUUUCGGUUCCCUCCAUCGGCAACGGUGAUAGGCAAAGGAGCAUUUCUUGGUAGUCUAUCUAAACGAUGUUAGGGAAUUUUGGUAUAGAAAUGAACUACCACUACAAUUUUAUUAAAAAAAAAAAUCGAACGAAUCGAUAGAUAGAUAAAUAGAUCGAUGGUAGAAUGUGAUGCCUGAACCAAUCUUCUUUGGAAUUAAGUUAAAAAGUUGUUAUGCAUUUGGGUGCGAAAUGGUUACUCUAUGGAGUUAAUUGACACUCCACACUCCCCUUUUUGAUAUUACAUAUUUUGCUACGUUGGACUA